CCGUCUCAAAAAUCGUACUUGUCUCACAUAAAUGCAGUCGUACUCUCUUUCACUUAACGCUCAAACGAAGAUGAAAUCUGAAAAAAAAAAAAUAUCUGAAAUCUGAAGCAACACACACUCCAUCUCUCAUAGCUCUACAGUCAUUGCCUAAGAGUAACGAACACCUUACACAAUGGCUGCAGCUCUGGAGUGCUGGUCAAGCCGCGCCGGAGCCGGAGACGCUCUCGACGACGAUCUAGUGGAUCAGGUCCUCAUGCGCACUCACGACAGGUCCGAGUCGCUCAUCACCUCUCCCCCCGAGACGGCUCUGAACGUCGAAGGAUCCGCGCCGGUUCUCGAUCAGAGCUCGUCCGCUAUGCAGAAGCGGUUUCAGCGUCUCAGCCGCAACGUGUCCGGCGCGAUUGCGUCGCUUAAGAACUCGCUCAGUCUCGAUUCAGCUCGGGACAACAACAACCAGAGCGGCGGCGGCGGAGGAGGAGGAGGAGGAGGUCCGUCUCCGAGAGCGGAUGUCGGCGGCGGGAGGAAGCUACUGUGGGCUACUGUAGUGAGGAACCUCGCGAAGAUGUAUCCUGGGAGUCAGUUACCGGAGAAGCUCGUUUCGAAUCUAAAGAAGCAUUACGAUUCCUUGCCUUUCAGUUAUAGUCAGGCUGGUUUCGAUAUGAAGGAAGUCUUUCUACACGUGAAGCUGAUAGAGCAAGCUUCUGGAGAUGAUAAUCCCGUCUUUAUGAUUCAAGAAGUGUCUAGUGAAGGAGCUCGAGGCUCAGUUCUCAGGCUCACGUUCGCUUGUAACUCUUCUCUUUCGUGGUCAACCAUGUCGGGGGCUCUUGAUGGUGCUUCGAUUAGCUGCAAGAAGAUACAGAUCUUUGAGAAGAAAGGGUUGACUCUCGGUGUUGUUCUUCUUCUGGACCAGUCUGGACAAGAGAGUUUGUUUAAAAUUCGUGUAGAGAACGCCCUCAAGUCUGUGACUAGAAAGCCAAGACCGACUUCGACUUCCGUUAAGCUCCCUUUCGGGCUUUGUGGCUGUCAAGAGCAGAACGGUGGUGUAGGGGAACUUGGUGGUGUUGAAGAAGAGUCCAUUCAACAUGGUAAUAGGCUAGGGGUAGAGAGUAUGAACAGUGUGAUCCAGCUUCAAGUUCCACUUCCGAGUUCUUCGUUUGCUGUAUCAGUAGAUGAAUGGCAGACCAUACAAUCAGGUGGGAGUGCGAUCGGAAAAUGGCUGUUGAGUUCCGAUAGUUUUGAGUUUGGUGAUCAGAUUGGACCGAGUUCUUUCAAAGGAAUCUUCCGAGGGAAAAGGGUGGCAAUCGAGAAACUAAAAGGUUGUGAUAAGGGGAACUCAUACGAGUUUGAGAUCCGGAAAGAUUUCUUGGAGCUGAUGACGUGUGGACACAAGAGCAUUCUGCAGUUUUACGGCGUCUGCAUCGACGAGAAUCAUGGAUUAUGCGUUGUGACGAAACUGAUGGAAGGCGGGUCACUCCAUGAACUGAUGUUGAAGAACAAGAAGCCUCAAACCAAGCAGAUAAUGCGGAUCGCUGUUGACAUAGCCGAAGGGCUGAAGUUUGUGAAUGAUCAUGGUGUUGCGUAUAGGGAUCUUAACGCACAAAGAAUACUGCUGGAUAAACAUGGCAACGCAUGUUUGGGGGAUAUUGGAAUAGUUACAGCUUGUAAGAGCUUUGGCGAGGCCGUAGAGUACGAAACUGAUGGCUAUCGGUGGCUUGCACCUGAGAUUAUAGCUGGUGACCCGGAGAACACAACAGAGACUUGGAUGAGCAAUGCUUAUAGUUUCGGGAUGGUGCUGUGGGAGAUGGUAACAGGAGAGGCUGCUUACGCCUCUUGCUCGCCUGUGCAGGCGGCUGUUGGGAUAGCCGCUUGUGGCCUAAGACCGGAGAUCCCAAAGGAGUGCCCUCAAGCUCUCAGAACUCUGAUGAUCAAUUGCUGGAACAACUCUCCCUCCAAACGCCCCAACUUCUCCGAUAUACAUAGCUCGUUGCUCCGCGCCAUGUCACGCUAAGUUUUUUUUUUUUUUUUGUAUUUGGUAAGGUCAUAUUGUAUAUCCAGACUGUAACACUAAAAAGUCGUAAGUAACUAGUAUUGUAUCCAUCAUAAUAGUGAUAUGAUAAUGAAUGGGUUGGAAAGAGACAAGGACAUAAAGGGGUUCUGUAAGUUUGGUUUGACACGGCCUCUUUGGUCUGUUUUAGGCCGAAGCUCUUUAUAUGAAAGGACAAUAUCAUCUUGCUCA